CCUGUUUGUCCUCUUCCUCACUCAGGCGCUCUCCCUUUACGCUCCAGUCUCACGGAUUAAAAAAAAUCUGACAUUAAAACGAGUUCAGACUAUUUCAAUUUGCAUUUAAGGGAUAAUUUUACGCGCUUAGGUGAACAUUGUCAAUCGUGCUGUGUUUCGGCGGUGAACAUUUUCCUCCACUGGAGAUAUCAUUUUGCCGGUUGGUUGAUAACCAUCCAGCAAUGUGCGCUGAAAAGGGGAGCAAGAGGACUGGUGAGCUGUAGAUGGGGUUUAACAUCUCAUAAUUCUGGCCAAGAUAUCACGGAGGAGGGAAAGUAAUCAAAGGAUUGCGCAGAGGGGAGUAACAGGAGACAUAUGCUGCCUGUCUGUGUCAUUUACCUGCAGCUACCAUGAGCUGGAGCUUCAUAACGCGCCUGCUUGAAGAAAUCAACAAUCAUUCCACAUUUGUGGGCAAGAUCUGGCUCACCGUCCUCAUUGUUUUCCGGAUAGUCCUGACAGCCGUGGGAGGCGAGUCCAUCUACUACGAUGAGCAGAGUAAGUUUGUCUGCAACUCCGGCCAGCCUGGCUGUGAGAACGUCUGCUACGACGCCUUCGCUCCACUCUCCCACGUCCGCUUCUGGGUCUUCCAAAUUAUUCUGGUGGCAACGCCUUCGAUUAUGUAUCUGGGUUACGCUGUUAACAAAAUUGCUCGGGCAAAGGAGCAGGGAGACAGCGGUGGAGCAAGCAGCUUAUCACAAAGGAAACCCAAGAAGCCCUAUCUUGUAGGCAGAAAGCAGCAUAGGGGCAUUGAAGAGGCUGAAGAUGAUAAUGAGGAAGACCCCAUGAUCUACGAAGAGACAGGGGUGGAGAGUGAUAGUGGUGGAACAGCAAAGGAAGACAAUAAUGGGAAGCAAGUAAAAAAGGUUCGCCAUGAUGGACGUCAGCGAAUCAAAGAGGAUGGAUUGAUGCACAUUUAUGUCCUGCAACUGUUUGUCCGCUCCGUGCUGGAAGUGGCCUUCUUGUGUGGACAGUAUGCCCUGUAUGGAUUUGCUGUUCCUGCCAACUACGUUUGCUCAACUCUGCCAUGCCCGCAUACUGUGGACUGCUUUGUGUCAAGGCCAACUGAGAAGACUAUCUUUCUCCGCAUGAUGUAUGCUGUCUCCCUUCUCUGUCUGGUACUCAAUAUAUGGGAGUUGCUUCACCUGGGCAUUGGCACCAUCUGUGAGCUGAUGCAUUCCCGCCAGCUGCAGCUCUCUGAGGAUGAGCUUUACAGACUGGCAAGAGGAAAUGGAGUUCUUAACGAGGCGAGGUUGAGUGGAGACAAUUACAAGAGCUACCCUUUUACCUGGAAUCCACCAUCGGCCCCAUCUGGCUACAACAUCGUCGUCAAGCCUCUUGUGGUGUCAAAAGGGAACCAUAACCAACCUCUGCCCAUCACCGAUCUCACUAAUACUGAGAUCACGUAUCGACAGAACCACGUGAACACUGCCUACGAGGAGCGGUGGCAGCAUACUAAAAAUGAUGAAAACAUGUGCAGAGCUGGAAACGCAGAUGCCCCCAGAAGUGCUCAUAAGGACAUCAUUGGUCAGUCUCAGAACAAGCUGAAGGCAGAUAAUCAGGCCUACAGUCAGCAGCAGAGCCACAAUAACAACCACAGCAAGCCUAACCGUGAACAUAAACACCGGCAGACCUCCAGACACACCUCCAGCAAGGCAGACGCGGACAGAGGCAGCACCAGCACCAGUAGUAGCAGCAAAUAUGGAAUAAUAAAGAGUUCUGGAUGGAUCUGAAAGACCUCUUUAAACAAAGACUAUUCAGACACAACAUUUACAGCUGUGUUUAUACUAUACAGGUAAACAACGGGGCAACCAAUUUACAAUAUUACCAGUAACUAGCAAUGAAAAACAAAAAUGUCUUUGUCAGGAAUCACCUCACUAAUCUGAUGGUGCUGUCUAAUGAAGCGUUUUACAGUUUAUGACACCUUUGCAAACUUGCCUAUUCAUACAGGUGACAAACUGCACAUUUAAUGCAGAUAUGCAGCUAUUGGCUUUAAAGCUAAACUAAAUGAUAUUUUACACAAGUUUACAAAGCGUCUGUCUUUGUAAGUGUCUUUAUUGGUUUGAAAAUAUGUUUAUUCAAGUCAAAAGGUGGCCCGUAACAAGCCUUUCCAUUUCAGGAAUUAUCCCAGGAGCAAUUACAAUAAAUAUGAGCUUGUGCUUUAGUUUUACUGCACAUCUUUUUGGCAUUCUGCAAAGAGCAGCGAUAAAAAAUAAUAGUUAGACUCUGCUACUAAUGUAUAAACAAGAACUUCCAAAUAAA